AUGUCAAAGGACGACCCUUUCCUGCCGUUCAUGUGCUGUGGCUUUCAAGAGUACAAACACUGUGUGCUGACCAACACCGAGAAGAUCUGUACUGUCGGUCACUCGCAGUUCUGGGACGAGAUCUUCGAUGAAAUUUCAAUGGAGGCGAUCACAUACGCCUGUUCAAGCUAUGACUCCUACGAUAAUUGUAAUAAAAACUUGUUUCCCGAAGGAUUGAAACAAAUUAAGACUAUUAGUGAGGCAACUGAUCCGGCUGUUUGGCACCACGGCUUUAAAACUCCAGUUAAGUUUUUGUUGGAUAUGAUCAAGAAAUUUUAUAACUAA